AAUCCCGUGAAGCCCAGUUCACUUUCACUGUUCUAGAAAAGCGUCUUAAAAUCUAGGCUCGUGCAACUUCUCAUGCCAGUUGUCUUGAGACACUUUUCCACAUUUCAAGCAAAUUUGGCUUUCCGCUUUUGUGGGUGCGUUUGAAAGAUUCUUCUACUGCUGCAGUCACGCAGUGCGAAUAGUUGCUGUUUAGUCUGGUUGUUUUCAGCCCAUCUUCGGCUGGAGGAUGAUGCAGAGCACCAGGUCUGGAAGCAGCGAGCUGGAGUUCAUCACAUUCCCCCCCCUCGCUCCUUUUAGUAACCCUGAUUUUGCCACAAUCCGAGACUUGAGUCAUCUCACAGGGGGAUAUAUGCCAAAUACCUGGGAUAGAAGAUGCAUGAGGAAACAGAGGAGAAGGACAGAUAAAGAAAGCUGCAGUCCUAAACGUCAAAAGCUGAUGGGAGAGGAAGGAGCGCAUGGGUAUCCAAGUCCUAAAGUGAGCCAAAUAUGGUCUGUGGAGACUCUCGCCUCUUCACCUUCUGAGAACAGCCAGGUUCAACUGCACACUGAAACCAGGACAGAAGAAAUGUGUCUGCCCUUUACAUCCACUCCGUCUCCACUACCCAGAGUUUCCACAGAAGGCUCAAGCAUGGAGGUAGAGGCCACUCAGAAGAGACUGCAGGAGAUAGAAGACCGGAUAACUUUGGAGGAUGAUAGUGAUGAAGAAGAACUUGAUGUGGAACCGGCUCAGCGCAGACCAGUACUGGUGAUGUCCGACAGCUUAAGAGAGGGGCUACAGCGGGGGAUUGGUGACAUUCUACCCCAAACAGUAGCGCAGUCAUUGAGCUGCUCCUGUAUGGAAUUGGUGUUGUGGCGCCCCCCAGAGGACCCUCUCACCCAGAGGCUGAAGCACUCUUUACAGAAACAGCAGCGCAAGCAGUUGGCAGUGAGCAGACAGACACCCACCCCAGUGCCACCUAUCAGCAGCCCCCCACCCCAACCCCAGUUCACAGCACCCACUGAGCAGACUUUCAGCCAGCUGUUCAGCAUUCCUGCGCUCCUCAACUCUGGAGAGGAAGACAUGGAGUUAUAGAAGGAAAUCUUUACCAAAACCCUUAGCAUCAUGUGUGUGAAAAAAAGCUUUGAACUUUAUCAGUGCAAACAAGGAAUUACCAUAAAGGGAGAAAAUGAGCAAUUCACAAAUGCUCAUAUGAGAUCUGUUUUAACCUGCUGCUUUUGUAGAUGGGACCAUAUUUGCACUAGACUAAAUAUUCCUGUGGCUCAGUGGUAGAGCAUUGCGUUAGCAGUGCAAAAGGUUGUGGGUUCAAUUCCCAGGGAACACACAUGACAAAAAUGUAUAGUCUGAAUGCACUGCAAGUUGCUGUGCAUAAAAGCGUCUGUCUUAUGCAUAAAUGUAAAAGGGUAAGUGGUACAUUGGUUGAAUGUGCAGUUGCAAUUUCACAUCCACUCCGUUUGCUGUUGAAAGCUGUGAAUAUUCAAACACAUUACUGGUUAACAAUGCAAAAUAUUGUAGGUUUUUCUUUAGGCAGUUAGUAGUAUUUCA